AUGAUGUCUUCGGCCGAUGAGAUCCAUGUCACGGCGAGACAUUCAGUACAGUGUGCCAACAAGACAGCAAUACUACCGUUGGAGUCACCAUUCAAUCUAGGCCCCGGGAAUCACUUAGUGUUCCCUUCUGUGCCGAUACAGGUGAUUUUCAUCUAUAGGCACUCACCAAUAAGUGGAGGUGUGGACUCAAAGACUACUGGGAUCGUACCGGCUGAGCGCCUACGUCGCGCACUCUCAAUGGUACUAGACUACUAUCCGCAUCUGACAGGUCGCCUACAUUUCAACCCGAGUAGCAAAGCCCCAGAGAUUGCAGCUUUAGGAACCGGCGCAGAGCUCCUAGAAGCCCAGUGUGGCUCGCGACUGGAUGACAUUGCUUCGGCUUCCACUUCAGGUCGCAUUCUAAUGCCAAAUCUACCUGCCUCUGGAAACGCCCUACUCCCCCCUUUCGACCCGACGAUGGAAGGAGUCUGUCGCGAUCCUCUUGUCGCCAUCAAGCAUACGCGGUUUGCUUGUGGGGGCGUUUCACUCGGAAUCCGGCUCCAUCACAUCGUCUGUGACGCACAUGGAUUCUUCCAGUUCGUCCGUGACCUCGCUGAGAUCUAUCGGGGAGUUCCCGUCAAUCAACCCGAGGCAGUCGCCCUCCCGACCCUUUCCUCUCCACCGGAAGUCCGGUCAUACCUCUCAUCAGCAAACGCCAUGUCCUCGGAAGAACGCCACGAAGCGCUCAAAUACCAGCCAUCAGUAUUCUACACAGAAGAGAGUGGCAAUGCCUCCACCAAAACCCAAGACCCACCACCUAUAACCACAAAUCAAAAGCCCCAACCCCGGGUAAUCGGACGCGUACUUCGCUUCCCAGGCCCAGAGCUCCAGAAACUGAAAACCCGCGCAACAGACCCCAACCCACAAACCCAAAGCUGGGUAUCCACAUCCGACGCCCUAUCCGCAUACAGCUACCAACGCAGCUACCAGGCCCGCUUCCAACACCUCAAAUCCCAAGGCAUGUCGUCAGCAAAAGCCGCCUCCGAACUCUCGCGCGGGUUCUGGGCCUCUAUCAAUUUCCGCUCCCCGGAUCGUCUCAAUCUCCACUCACGUUAUUUCCCAAACGCAGUUUACUGUCCCACUGCCUACCAUUCGCACGAGUUAUUGGCGCAUGCGCCACUAUGGCAAGUUGCUAAGGCACUGCAUGAGCAGGUUCACUCUGUUGACUCGUCGACAUUGGAACGGACUAUGAAGUGGGUUGCGGCGCAGCCGGAUAAGAGUCAAAUUAAAGUGAAUUUUGAGUUUGGGAACGGUAGUUUUGUUGUUAGUCAGUGGUCGAAGUUUGGUAUGUACGCUGGUGUUGAUUUUGAUGUGGAUGUGGAUGGAAACCCGAUGACGCCAGCGCUUGUCUCGCCUCCUUUUACGGAGAUCUCGUUGGUCGAUGGGUUGUCCAUGAUGCUGUCGACCGAGGAACAGACCUUGGAAGACGGGGUGCCUUGUGCUAUUGAUGUUAAUCUUACGUUGAGUGAGCCGCUGUGGGGGAUAUUGGAUAGAGAUGAUGAGUUUCGAAAGUUCUGUUCUUGUUAA